UAUUGCCGAAACGAAGAAUAAUUGGUCUAUUUUCAAGUUAUUAGAUAACCUUCAAAUGUUUUAUUUUUAUUGAACAGAUAACAAGUCGAACUUAUAAGGUGUCGUAAAAUUUUGGAUAAAAAGUGAUAAUUAAUGAUCUAAUACAUAAUCAUGAACACUUUAAAUAAAAUUACAGCGUUGAGUUCAGCUGUUCCCAAAAAUGCAAGGUUUAUCACUACAACAAGUUCUUGUUUAAAUGCUGAUGAUGGAUGGCUAUCGAAACUUCUGGUGCGAAAAAUCGAACCGACCAAAGAAUCUCACAGUCGUAUGCUUAGCGACAAGGAGAUUGUAUAUGCUUUACAUACGCAUAACAUUAGGCCGGACUCCGUUGAUAAAUAUUUGAAAAACUAUGCCACAUCUGUGGCAUUUGUGGAAUCCCGGAAGGCAGACCUCGGCUGUGAACUAGUAGGAUCAUGGACAGUGUCUGUGGGAGACAUGGAUCAAGCUCUACACUUAUGGCGGUAUGUUGGUGGCUUCGAAAAGAUUGACAAGGCCAAAAUAUUGUUUAAGGAAAAUCCUGAAUAUCGGGCUCUAGAGAAGGAGCGAGGAAACUUUGUGAGGUCUCGUCACCUGCAAUAUUUACUUGCCUUCAGUUUCUGGCCCUCGGGCGAGCCCCGCACAACAAAUAAUAUAUAUGAAAUUCGAUCCUACAGCUUGAAGCCAGGAACUAUGAUAGAGUGGGGCAACAACUGGGCUCGUGGUUUGACCUACCGCCGCGCUAAGAACGAAGCCUUCGCUGGAUACUUCUCGCAGAUUGGGCGGCUUUACAACGUACAUCAUAUUUGGUGUUACAAGGACCUUCAAGCUCGACGUGAAACGCGCGAGAGUACAUGGCGUAACCCGGGUUGGGACGAAUGUGUCGCGUACACGGUCCCACUCAUUCGGGAAAUGCAUUGCCGCAUAUUGGAACCUACUGAAUUCUCACCCACUAAGUAAUUUGAAGUGUCAGUUGAUUGAUUGCAGUUGAUUACAUUUAAUGAGUAGCUUUUCAUUAUUCGAAUUUUAAGUAUAUUUUUAUAAAAGUCAAUAGCUACUUUCAUACAAAACAGAUCUUUGUAUGUUUUGGUUAACUACAUGUCAUAUUUUUGAUUGUAUAACUGAGUAAAGUAAUGUAAAAUUAGGUACGCACUAUAUGUAAUCAAAGCAAUUUUUUAAUAUUAUUUGUUUGCAGCAAUUAUGUAAGAACUACACAUAGAGAUUGUUACAUAUUCUUUACCCGGUAUGGGCAUAAUUUGGCAACACGAUUAUAUUUUGUCAUCUAAAUGGCGAGCCAUAGUGUAAGCCUAUCUGAUCUGGUAGUAAAAAUGUUUAAAAACAAAAAAGUUUAGAUGACUAAGUAGAACACGGUCACUAUUGUAUGUAUCAUAUUUAUCAAUCAUCUUUAUUUAAAAUGUUUUUGAACGCACAGUCAAAAUAUACUAUAUUAACAUGAUACUAUCUAUAUGUUACAAUAUUUGAAAUAAAAAAUCUAACAAGUGAAUUGCUUAUUUAUGUUUACGCAGAUGUAAUUUUAAAUUAUCAAGAUUUUCGUCAAAAUUCCGGCUCUAAAAGGACCAACAAUUCAGUCAUUUUAAAAUAUACUCGUGCUGCAACAUUACCUUUGGCGGAGCUAUUUAAACUAUCUUUAUAAAAACUAAGCUCUGUUUUCCAUUUCUCACAACCAUAUUUGACCAUUUCCUAUGUCUUUUUGACCAUUUUAUAAAUGAACUCGACAGUUAACACAAAUUUAUUAUAUAGGUGUUUAACUAUUCAUGAAUAAGAAGGUUCAUUGAUCUUCUGAAUAACUGCCAACUGUUUUUUACAAAGAUCAGCAAAACUACUUAGAUAUCUAUAGAUAUAUUAUGAAAUGGCCAUUUACAGAACACGGCUUGUAUACACCAAAAUACACGAAAUGUAUUUUAUAUGAUGGCGAAAAGGAUGAACUUUUCUUGUAAAUAUAAAAUAUCACAAACUUCAAUUGUAAAAUGCCAUAUGGCAUGUAUUUAGUAUUUAAGUAAAAACGUUGUAUAUUUAUAUGUAGAGUAUAGGGGAUUUUUAACUAUAUAAUAGAAAAUGCCAUCCUAUCAUUAGAUUUCUAUUUCUAGCAUUAUCAAAAAUCAUUGAAUUAUAUAAUGCUUGAGUA